AAAUGGCACCCGUGCUCCGCAGAGGCGACUGUAGCCUUGCUAUUUUACAUGCCGGCUGCCUCCGUGCUGGAUCGAUGAGGCUCUCCUCUAUUCCCAAGCCCACCUAUGAGCUGUAACCACUAUUCAUCGAGUGUGACAUCACACCGGAUAUUGUCUGCAUUUAGGCAUUCACCUACCUGGCUGGUUCGAAGCGCUCACGAAUCCUGCCGGAAUGGCCCAACCCGGCCAACGGCAGGCCGCUGCCAUCGCGGCACUCACAGGGUCCGCUAAGCUGAAUGCUGUCACGGAUCUAAUGGAGAAUUUGACCCAGGAUCUCAUCACUACCAGUCUAACCCCUCAUCAACGAGACUCGGCGUUAGAGGAACUUAAGGUGUAUAGUAGAGACCCUCGUGAUGCAGACCCUAUCUUCACCAAAGAGGGUAUCGAGACGCUGUCCCGGCACGCUUUUGACAACCCGGCUGGCACGACGUCUAGAAAUGCGUUGCGCGUUUUGUGCAACGCCCUGCUAUUGAAGCAAGAGACGCGGCAGAUAUUCAUCGACCUUGGGUGUGGAGCCAGCGCUUGCGAGAUACUCCGAAACGAUAGCCGCGAUGACGAGUUCUUAGUCUCGAGGAUACUCUUCCUCACGACGUACGCGACAAGCGCCAACUUGAUCGAGCUCAUCGACAAGCACCACUUGGCGGACUCUAUCAACGUAAACCUCGAGCGGCACGCGAAACGCCGCGGCGGGACAAGCUCUCCGUCGGAUCCGAUGGAAGAGAUGGCCCUCAUCGAAACGCUGAAGCUUCUGUUUAACAUUAGUUAUUAUUGCAAGGAGCGGACAUCUUCUUUUACUACAGCUAUACCCCACAUAGUUACCGUGUUGUGCAAGGGCACAUUCGCGACGCAGAAACCGCUGGAUCCCCCGACUGGCUCCCUAGUCAACGCUCUCCUUAACCUGGAUCUCGGUGCUGAAGAUGUCCAGAGCUCCGUAUACCCCCCGGAAGAGCCCAACGUGUUAGCAGGCCGUUUGGUAGACUUGCUCUCCCGCUCGAGAACUGUCCACGAUGGCGAAGAGCUGGAGACGUCAGUCACACCCUUAGUUAGCGUGAUUCGAACCCUCCACGAGCAUGCGCCGGGAGAUGUACAGAAGUUCAUACGCACGCAGCUCCUGCCAACAGAAGCCGAUAGGACUGAAGUACUAGGCCGGACCGAUUCGUUGCCAUCCUGGCUCUUGAAGAAUUCAACAAACGCCCUCACGCCUCGGCUUCGCGACACAAUAUCCAAUCUAUUUUUCGAACUGUCAGAUAAAGACGCCUCUAUGUUUGUCGAUAACGUCGGUUACGGGUUUGCAUCAGGCUUCCUGUUCAACAGGAAUAUACCCGUUCCCGAGAACAUCUCAGAAGGCUCCAGAAACGCUCACGGCGGGGUUAGCCGGCCAACUAAUCCGAUAACGGGUCAAUUCCUAGAUGCAGAAAGACUGCCCGAAGGUCCAGAGAUGACUGAAGCUGAGAGAGAAAGAGAGGCAGAAAGGCUUUUCGUUCUCUUUGAAAGAUUGAGAGCAAACGGUGUCAUAUCCGCCGAAAAUCCGGUGCGAACGGCCGUCCAAGAGGGAAGAUUCCAAGAACUACCCGACGAUUAUGAAGACGACGUCGAUUAGUCUAAGCAGCAAGGAGCCUCCAGAGCUCGGCGUUGCGCAACGGAACAAUCCACAACCGGUGUGAAUACAAAAGCAGCCCGGUCGCGUUUGCGUUUGCCUCAAUAAGUGAAGGACAUUUAUGAUGGGUCAUUUAUAAGCUAGUCGUCUCCUCGUAUUACGCCCUGAUAUAUACACAGUAUCUAGAUGGUAGCUAGCCAACCCAAUAUAAUUCCCCAAGUCAUCUCAUCUCACUAGACAGCACCGAU